UUUGAACUAUAUUCGGUGGGGUGCGUUGUUGCAUAAGUAUAAAAUCGUUGCAUCUGACGCGGCGUUCGUAAGUGAAGAAUCGGUUCUGUCGCGGUUCAGUGAUCGGAAUAAGUUUGCGAAACAACGAAAAAAAUGCUCAACUUUCUGUUCCAGAUUUUACUAGCCUCCUUGGUGUGCUACGCCGGCGCCGGCAUCAUCGACUACGACGGCGGCUACGGCGGCUACGGCGGUAUAGCUCUAGCUCCCAAAGUAGCCAUCGCAGCGCCGGCUAUAGCGGUCAAAAGUGGAGCGAUUUCGUAUCAGAACAGCAAUUUGCUGGCCCUCAACCCCACCCCGGUUGUCACGAAAGUAGCAGCUCCGAUCGCUGUAGCCAAAGUUGCGGCGCCAAUUACGUAUACCAAAGUUGCCACGCCCAUUUUAACCAAAGUGGCCACGCCCAUCGCUGUAGCGGCACCGGCGGUUAGCGUAGUUAGAUUCGGAAAAGGCAUUGGAAUCGAUGACGGCUUGGGUGCGUACGGUGGAUAUGGAUUCGGAUAUGGGGGCAUCGGAAUAGAUGGGCUGGGACACUAGGUUUCGUUUGCGCCUCCAGUAGAUGAGCGAUAUUUAUUGUAGCUAACGGAAAUAAAAUUUAGAAACAGU